CACCUGCUGUUCUCUGGUUGACAGAUUGAGCCACAUCUGUUAGGCACAAUAUGACGUCCUCAUCAGGGGCAAAAGUUCCUGACCCAUAACUGUAGGGUUGCCGGUUUGUGUUCUGCUCAGUCUUUUGCAGUUGUUGUGUCCUCGAGGAAGACAUUUCACUGUUCUUACCUGCUGCUGGUGGUCAAAGGGACCGGUGAUUAAGGCCAGCACCAGCAGCAUUUUUCUGUAGUAACUCAAUAGUUGCAAAUCCAUUUUGUGUGUAAAAGACCAAAUCAAAUGGCAACCUUGAUGAAGACGCAAGGAAAGGAGCCACAGCCAAAUACCCACAAUGAGUAAGGCAAGUCCAAAGAAGUCUGCUCAUUGGCAAGAACAAGAUCAGGGCAAUAAACAGCUAUAACCUGCCAGUAGUCAGAUAUCCUGCAGGAAUAAUAAGCUGGCCAACGGAAGAAAUGCAGACCCCAGAUGUUAAGACAGGGAAGCUCCUAAACAUGCAUGGAUGGUUCCAUCCCAUAUCCAGCACCCUGAGACUGUGCACAAGCUGUAAGGAAGGAGGCCGAAGACUAGUGAGUGUGAGAGCCACUGUCCAGGAUGAAACAUCCAAGAUUCAUAAGUACAUCAAGGAGAAGGCCCCAACAGAUAAGGUGGUCAGUUAUUGUCUCGGACAAAGGCAAACGGACGAGGAGGUGCUGGAAAUACUAUUGUGGGAGGAAAAACCCUAACAUGUGAUGUAGCACAGACAAUAAAUGAAGUGUCUAAUAUACCAUUUCCUUAGGUAGUUAAGCUCAAACCAGACCCUGAGGUCCAUGAUGACUGACCUGUACUCCAGGUCAUUCCCUCUGGACACACAGCCAACAUUGGCCCAGAAGUGACAUCUGCUGGUGUUGUAGGUUAAGUCCGAGGUGUAGAAGGUAAAGAGAAAGGGUGAGAGCUGUGGAGCUUCAGCACACAACCACUUCAGACAAACAGUUGUGCAGCUUCUCAUUCAUUCAUUCAUUCAUUCAUUCAUUCAUUCAUUCAUUCAUUCAUUUAUGCACUGUAGCCUGUUGGUGAGGUAGUUGAUGGCCCAUGCAGUCAGAUGUUCAACUAACCUUGUUUUGCAACAAUCCCCAGCUGAUGGAGAAGUCUGAAAGCAAAACGCCUCUGCCAGAGCGUAUGCGUCUCCCUUGUAGAGCUGACAGAAAAGUCUAAAGUAGGCUUUAGUUCUCUCCUCACCUGGUCAGAUGUAACUGAGAAUAGGGAGUAAGGGACUGAGUGGUGCUAAUGAAGGUUGUUGGUGGUGGUGGUGCUGUUGAAUGAUGUGAAAUUUGGAGGUAGAGGUUCUCUUAGUCACCAGCGUAAAAAGCUUGUUUCUAAUCAGUCUGCAAGGAUUGAAUCUCAGGGGUCAACCAGAGUUUAUUUUUCAAGAAACACUUCACUCUUUGCUCCUCCUUGAACCGUCACCUUAUCGUGGUGGAGGAGUUUGAGUGCCCUAAUGAUCCUAGGAGCUAUGUUGUCUGGGGCACUUAGUGCCCCUGGUAGGGUCUCCCAUGACAAAUUGGUCUUAGGUGAAGGGUGAGACAAAGAACGGUUCGAAGGAUCUUUCAUGGUGGUUAAAACGAAGAGUCGGAGUACCCGGCCCGGAGGGUUACCGGGGUCCCACCCUGGAGCCAGGCCUGGGGUUGGGGCCCGUGAGCGAGCGCCUGGUGGCCGGGCUUUUGCCCAUGGGGCCCGGCCGGGCCCAGCCCGAACCGGAUACAUGGGCUCGUCCAACUGUGGACCCACCACCCGCAGGAGGAACAUGAAGGGUCCGGUGCAAUGCGAAUCGGGUGGCAGACCAAGGCGGGAGCCUUGGCAGUCCAAUCCCCGGACAAGAAAACUAGUUUUUGGGACAUGGAACGUCACCUCGCUGGCGGGGAAGGAGCCGGAGCUUGUGGCAGAGGUUGAGCGGUACCGGCUAGAUAUAGUCGGACUCACCUCGACACAUUGCAUUGGCUCUGGAACCCGAGACCUGGAGAGGGGUUGGACACUCUACUUUGCUGGAGUUGCUCCGGGUGAGAGGCGGAGGGCUGGGGUUGGCUUUUUGUUAGCCCUGAGACUCUCUGCCUGUGUGUUGGGGUUUACCCCGGGGGACAAGAGGGUAGCUUCCUUGCGCCUUCGGGUCGGGGAACGGGUCCUGACUGUUGUUUGUGCUUAUGGGCCAAAUAUCAGUUCAGAGUACCCACCCUUUUUGGAGUCCCUGGGACGAGUGCUAGAUAGUGCUCCAUCAGGGGACUCCAUUGUCCUGCUGGGGGACUUCAAUGCUCACGUGGGCAAUGACAGCUUGACCUGGAGGGGUGUGACUGGGAGGAACGGACCACCUAAUCUGAACUCGAGCUGUGUUUUGUUAUUGGACUUCUGUGCAAGCCGCAGUUUGGCCAUAACGAACACCAUGUUCGAACAUAAGGAUGCCCACCGGUACACUUGGUACCAGGGCAGCCUAGGUCACUGGUCGAUGAUAGAUUUUGUAGUCGUAUCAUCUGACCUGCGGCCGUAUGUUUUGGACACCCGAGUGAAGAGAGGGGCGGAGCUGUCAACUGAUCACCACCUGGUGGUGAGUUGGAUCAGAUGGCAAGGGAACAUGCCGCGUAGACCUGGCAGACCAAACGCAUAGUGAGGGUCUGCUGGGAACGCCUGGCAGAAGACCCUGUCAAGACGGUCUUCAACUCCCACCUCCGGCAGAGCUUUGACCACGUCCCGAGAGCAGUGGGGGACAUUGAGUCCGAGUGGGCCUUGUUCCACUCUGCGAUUGUCGAGGCGGCUGUUGCUAGCUGUGGUCGUAAGGUGGCCGGUGCCAGUCGUGGUGGCAACCCCCGUACCCGCUGGUGGACACCAGA